CGCGCCCCCCGAGUCCCCCGAGCGCCACCAUGAACUCGCUCUUCAAGAAGAGAAACAAAGGCAAAUACAGCCCCACGGUGCAGACUCGGAGCAUCUCUAGCAAGGAGCUCUCGGAGCUGAUCGAGCAACUGCAGAAGAAUGCUGACCAGGUGGAGAAGAACAUCGUGGACACGGAGGCCAAAAUGCAGAGUGACGUGGCCCGGCUGCAGGAGGGCCGGCAGCCCGAGCACCGGGAUGUGGCCCUGCAGAAGGUGUCGGACUCGGAGAAGCUGCUGUACGUGCUAGAGGCAGACGCAGCCAUCGCCAAGCACAUGAGACACCCUCAGGGGGACAUGAUUGCCGAGGACAUCCGUCAGCUGAAGGAGCGCGUGACCAACCUGCGUGGGAAACACAGGAAGAUCUACAGCCUGGCAGUGAAGGAGGCCGACCCGCAGGUCAACUGGGCAGCGCUGGUGGACGAGAAGCUGGACACAUUGAGUGGCCAGAGCUUCGGGACAGACCUGCCACUGGUGGACCACCAGGUGGAGCAGCACAACAUCUUCCACAAUGAAGUCAAGGCCAUCGGGGCCCACCUGGCCAAGGACGCCGACAAGGAGCAGAACCGUGAACUCCAGGCCAAGUACCAGAAACUGCUGGCAGCAUCGCAGGCGCGCCAGCAACACCUGAGUUCGCUGCAGGACUACAUGCAGCGCUGCACCAACGAGCUGUACUGGCUGGACCAGCAGGCCAAGGGCCGCAUACAGUAUGACUGGAGCGACCGCAACCUCGACUACCCCAGUCGCCGGCGCCAAUAUGAGAAUUUUAUCAACCGGAACCUGGAGGCCAAAGAGGAGAGAAUUAACAAGUUGCACAGCGAGGGCGACCAGCUGCUCGCAGCGGAUCAUCCUGGGAGGAACUCCAUUGAGGCACACAUGGAGGCUGUGCACGCAGACUGGAAGGAGUACCUGAACCUGCUCAUCUGUGAGGAGAGCCACCUGAAGUUCAUGGAGGACUACCACCAGUUCCACAAAGACGUGAAGGAUGCGCAGGAGCUGCUGCACAAAGUGGACUCGGACCUGGACCAGAAGUACAGCCCGGACUUCAAGGACCGCUACCAGAUCGAGCUGCUGCUGCGGGAGCUGGACGAACAGGAGAAGGCCCUGGACAAGUACGAGGAUGUGGUACGCAGGCUGCAGAAGCGGGGGCAGCAGGUGGUGCCCCUCAAGUACCGCCGGGAGACGCCGCUCAAGCCCAUCCCCGUGGAGGCACUCUGCGACUUUGAGGGUGAUCAGGGCCUGCUCUCACGGGGCUACAGCUACACCCUGCAGAAGAACAACGGGGAGAGCUGGGAGCUGACAGACAGCGCCGGGAACAAGCUCACCGCUCCCGCCGUCUGCUUCUUGAUCCCUCCCACUGACCCUGAGGCCCUGGCUCUGGCUGACAGCCUGGGCAGCCAGUACCGGAGCGUGCGGCAGAAGGCUGCUGGGAGCCAGCGUGCACUCCAGCAGCGGCACGAGAUACUGAAGACAGAGACCCCUGGAGAUGCCUCUGACCUGCAGGGCCGGCAGCUGCUGGCCAGUUUGGACAGGGUGGCCAGUGACCUGGACCGGCAAGAGAAGGCCAUCACUGGGAUCCUGCGGCCCCCGCUAGAGCAAGGCAGGGCCGUGCAGGACAGCGCCGAGCGGGCAAAGGACCUCAAGAACAUCACCAACGAGCUGCUGCGGAUCGAGCCCGAGAAGGCGCAGAGAACGGCCGAGUGCGAAGCCUUCAUCCGAGCUCUCCCGAGUAGCGGCACGGCGCCCCUGCUGAGGACCCGCGUGGAGGACAUCAACCAGAAAUAUGAGCGCCUGGGGCAGCUGCUGGCCUCGGCCCAGGAGAAGAUCGACGUGGCCAAUCGCCUGGAAAAGAGCCUGCAGCAGGGCCGGGAGCUGCUGGCCGCGCACGAGAACCAGCUGACCCAGGAGGACACGGUGCCGGAGGGUAGCCGCGCCCUGGACAGUAAGCGGCAGAAGCUGGUGGCCCUAGCCUCCGAGCUGCAGGCCCAGAGGUCCCUCCUGAGCGAGGUGGAGCAGAACUUGCAGGCGGCCAAGCAGUGCUCAAGCUCACUGGCCAGCCGCUUCCAGGAGCACUGCCCUGACCUGGAGCGCCAGGAGGCCGAGGCGCACAAGCUGAGCCAGCGCUUCGACAGCCUGUGCCAGCAGGUGGAGCGCAGGGCGCAGAGCCUGCAGAGCGCCAGGGCCGCCUACGAUGACUACCGCAGCGGCUACGAUCAGGCGCUCCAGUUCCUGUCCAGCAUCCCCAGCUACGAGCCGCAGGAGACAGACAGCCACAGCCAGAUGGAGACCAAGCUGAAGAAUCAGAAGAACCUGCUAGACGAGAUAGCAAGUAGAGAACAGGAAGUACGGAAGGUCUACACCGAUUCCCAGCAGUACCAGCAGGCUGUAAAGGACUAUGAGCUGGAAGCAGAGAAACUGAGGUCCCUUCUUGACUUGGAGAAUGGAAGGAACAGCUCCACGAGCAAGAGAGCUAGGCUCCAGUCUCCUGCUGCCAAAGUGAAGGACGAGGAAGCGGCUCUUGCUGCCAAGUUCACGGAAGUUAACGCCAUCAACAGACAGAGGCUACAGAACCUGGAGUUUGCUCUGAAUCUCUUGAGACAGCAGCCAGAAGUGGAGAUGACCCAUGAGACCCUGCAAGGGAGCAAGUCAGGCUCCGGAAGAGAGGAGACGUGGAAGAUCAAGAAGGAACUGGAUGAGGAGACUGAGCGGAGGCAGCAGCUGGAGACUGAGGUCAAGAGUGCGCAGGAGGAGAUCCGGACGCUGCAAAACCGGCGGCCUCAGGAAUCCGUGGUGAAGAAGGAGGUGCUCAAGAAGGUGCCAGACCCUGCCUUGGAGGAGAGCUUCCAGCAGUUGCAGCGGACCCUGGCGGAGGAGCAGCACAAAAACCAGCUGCUGCAGGAGGAGCUGGAGGCUCUGCAGCUGAGGCUGCGUGCCCUGGAACAGGCGGCUAGGAACGGGGGGCAGGAGUAUGUGGUCAAGGAGGUCCUGCGCAUCGAGCCCGACCGCGCCCAGGAGGAUGAGGUCUUGCAGCUGCGGGAGGAACUGGAGGCGCUGAGGAGGCAGAAGGGUGCCCGCGAGGCAGAGGUGCUGCUGCUGCAGCAGCGCCUGGUCACCCUGGCUGAGGAGAAGAACCGGGCAUGGGAGAAGGUCACUGAGAGGGAGGUAGUGAAGCUGCAGAAUGACCCCCAGCUGGAGGCAGAGUACCGGCAGCUGCAAGAGGAGCACCAGCGGGAGGGUGCCCUCAGGGAGAAGCAAGAAGAGGAGCUAAGCUUCCUCCAGGACAAGCUCAAGAGGCUGGAGAAGGAGCGGGCCAUGGCCGAGGGCAAAAUCACUGUAAAGGAGGUGCUCAAGGUGGAGAAGGACAUGGCGGUCGAGAGGGAGGUCAGUGACCUCACCCGCCAGUACGAGGACGAGGCCGCCAGGGCUCGAGCCAGUCAGAGGGAGAAGACUGAGCUGCUCAGGAAGAUAUGGGCCUUGGAGGAGGAAAAUGCCAAAGUGGUGGUGCAGGAGAAAGUCCGGGAGAUCGUGCGGCCCGACCCCAAGGCGGAGAGCGAAGUGGCCAACCUCCGCCUGGAGCUCGUGGAGCAGGAGCGGAAGUACAGGGGUGUGGAGGAGCAGCUGAAGAGCUACCAGAGCGAGCUGGAGGCCCUCAGGAGCCGGGGCCCACAGGUGGAAGUCAAGGAGGUGACCAAAGAGGUCAUUAAGUACAAGACGGAUCCCAAGAUGGAGAAGGAGCUUCAGCGGCUCCGGGAGGAGAUCGUCGACAAGACCAGACUGAUCGAAAGGUGUGACUUAGAGAUCUAUCAGCUGAAGCAGGAGAUCCAGUCCCUGAAAGACACCAAACCCCAAGUCCAAACCAAAGAGGUGGUCCAGGAGAUCCUCCAAUUCCAGGAAGAUCCCCAGACCAAGAAGGAAGUGGAGUCUCUGAGGGUGAAACUAUCAGAAGAACAGAAGAAGCAGGUGGAUCUGGACAGGGAGAGGACUUCCCAGGAGGAGAAGAUCAGACAGAAGGAGGAGGAGCUCUCCCAGGUGAAGGAGAGGGUGGUACAUCAGGAGGUGGUCAGGUUCGAGGAGGAGCCAGGCCUGAGGGCCGAGGUGAGCGCAUUCACCGAGAGCAUCGACGUGGAGCUCCGGCAGAUUGACAGUCUGCGUGCAGAGCUGCGGGGGCUGCAGCGCAGGCGCGGGGAGCUGGAGCGGCAGCUGGAGGAGUUGGAGCGUGAGCGGCAGGCGCGCAGGGAGGCCGAGCGGGAGGUGCAGCGCCUGCAGCAGCGGCUGGCUGCGCUGGAGCAGGAGGAGGCAGAGGCCAGGGAGAAGGUGACCCGCAAGCAGAAGGUGGUCCUGCAACAGGACCCCCAGCAGGCCAGAGACCACGCUCUGCUCCGACUCCAGCUAGAGGAGGAGCAGCACCGGCGGCAGCUCCUGGAGGGUGAGCUGGAGACCCUGAGGAAGAAGCUGGCUGCCCUGGAGAAGGCCGAGGUUAAGGAGAAGGUGGUCUUCUCCGAGAGCAUCCAGGUGGAGAAAGGUGACACCGAGCAAGAGAUCCAGAAGCUCAAGAGCAGCCUGGAGGAGGAGAGCCAGAGCAAGAGAGAGCUAGAUGCUGAGGUAAACCAGCUGGAAGCUAAGCUCUCGGACCUGGAAUUCCGCAACUCCAAGUCAUCCAAGGAGCUGGAUUUCCUGAGGGAAGAGAACCAUAAACUGCAGCUGGAACGGCAAAACCUGCAGCUCGAGACCCGAAGGCUCCAGUCAGAAAUUGAGACGGCAGGGAUGGAGACCCGCGACUUUAGGAACAUGACCACGGUGGACCCUGGGACCAACCUCGACUCCAGGCUGCGGUCCCUGGAGAGGGAACUGGACGACCUCAGGAGGCUCUCUAAGGACAAAGACCUCGAGAUUGAUGAGCUGCAGAAGCGCCUGGGCUCCGUGGCCGUCAAGCGAGAGCAGAGGGAGAACCAUCUGCGGCGCUCCAUCGUGGUCAUCGACCCCGACACAGGCCGGGAGCUGUCCCCGGAGGAAGCCCACCGGGCUGGGCUCAUCGACUGGAACAUGUUCGUGAAACUCCGGAGCCAGGAGUGUGACUGGGAAGAGAUAUCAGUGAAGGGUCCCAGCGGGGAGUCUUCAGUGAUACAUGACAGGAAGUCCGGCAAAAAGUUCUCCAUUGAAGAGGCCCUGCAGAGCGGCAGGCUGACCCCUGCUCAGUACGACCGCUACGUCAACAAGGACAUGUCAAUUCAGGAGCUGGCAGUCCUGGUGUCUGGGCAGAAGUAGGUACAACCUUCCCAAGGGUCUCUUAGAGGCCGAUGGCUGGUUGGCAAUGACCUCAAUGACCUCCUGGGUGCCGUCUUCCCUUCUCUCUGGCCCUGUGCAAGCCCAGCAUUUUGUCCAUGCCCUCGCUGGCAGGCUGCUCAAAGUGCAGCUCACGUAGGCACUGGAUAGCCACUGGCUGAAAACGAGCGUCUCUCAUCUCAACCCUCCUGUGACCUGGAUGGAUGACCUUCCACCGCUGAUGACCACGCCUCUCUCCCCGCUUUCCUACGUACUCCCACCAAGACUCCUCGUGUGAUGCCUGGAAAUGAUCUGAAAACUACCCAAGCACAAGGUGACUUGGCACACAGGUCCACUCAAUGCAGCACUGACCUCAGCUUACCAGAAAGCAAGACUUGGGCAAGGCCUCCUUCCCACCUGGAGGUCGAAGGCCAGGGCCCUGGGGGCUGCCGCCCUGGGCUCACACCUCCAAGUUCCUGGAUGAAAACCAACUUUCUGUCAGAGAGGCCACCUCAGUCCUUUCUCCACUCACGAGACAGAGCUGGGCUCGGGCCAGAAAAGGCACACAGAGCCAGAAGAGCAUCCAGCCCCACCUGCUGGGGUGGAUGCUGACCAUCGGCCAGACUGUCCCAGGAAGAGGCACCACCGGAGUUCUUCAUGCUCUGAGGUUCAGACACUCAUGGGGGCUGUGGCUGUCAGCCUUAGUCCCAGCACCUUAUCUUGCUCCUAUCUCAUUGGUAUGCAGGUAUAUGAAGCAGUUGGUUACGCACCAAAUGGAUUUGUUUCUCUGUAUCGCAUAUAUUACGUAAGAAAAUGGGAAUAGGGGACUUUAUUUAUCACGUGAAAAUAAAAACCUGGUGGCUUGAUUCUAAUUUCCUGGCAAGCAUGUUUCUUCCUUUGCAUGUGAUGUUCAUUCCCCCUACCGCUUUCGGCCAAAAUGGAUACUCCACCUAUACCAGCUCCUCCAGGGGAGCAAGUACUUGCAAAUACGUAGAGAAUGAGAAAAAAAAGUUUUGGAAACCUUGAAACAAUUUAUUGAGUUGCUUUAUACAAGAUUAACAAUUUCCACACCAUCCCUAACACCAACACAGUGGCUGCACAAAAAGCUGCAGCCCCUCUCACACCUAAGAAACGGCCACGCCCAGGAAGUGCUCAUACAUUGGCAGCCCAAGGAGCCCCAGGCCCCAGGCCCCAGGCCCAGCUCCGCCCCACCCCUCUGCAGGCAGCAAGGCCAGAUCUGCCUUCCAUGGCUGUUUAAGUCAUUCACUCUUUCGUUACCACAAAUAAAGCAUAAACAAGAAAAAGAAAUCUCAUAAACUCCCCAUCAAAGAAACGUUUCCCUGAGGCAAGAGGCAUCACUAGAUUCCUAAAAAUGAGGGCGUUCUGCUCCAGCUGCACACUCAGUGGAAAUGGGAGGUGGGAACGCAGGGUGGGGAGGUGGUGGCAGAGGUGGGGUUGGGGCCGGUGGUCAUGGGCAGAGAAGCCUAGAGGAUUCCCACUGCUUAGCCUUCACUGACGGCCUCUGCUCCGUGUUGAGCUCAGCAAU